GGACGCGCGAGCCACAGGGUGGAGCAGCGUCGCGUGCUGCGGAACCACACUCCUCCUGAGUAGCUCGUGAACUGUGCCGCGCGCGGUUUAAGCUGCAGAUGCGGGUCGGUGAGAGAGCGAGGCGGAGGGGACAUGGCGAGCGGGCGGCGGUGCGCCUCGUGAGGGGACAGUAAGCAGGCGGACCGACACCGCGCGGGAGCGAAGGCAGCUCGAGGACACGCAGGAGGAAGAGGAGGAGGCGAACCAUGGAGGACUCGGAGCCCGCAGAGGACGGCUUGCUCGCGGGUUUGCGGUGGAACAGGAGCGCGCGAGACCAGGCGCAGCUCAAACACAAGAUCCGGGACCUGCCGGGGCUUCUGAAGCACGGGCUGCACCUGCGGAAGAAGAGCCAGUCACCUGACACAAUACCUGGUCCGAGCUCUGGAUCUGCAGUGCACAAGUCUUGCUCGCAGAGUUUUCCCUGUGCUGGACGGACCGUGAGGAACGCCUUCCUCUCUCAUGGACCAUACCCGGCUAAAGACAAGAUACACCUGGCCAGAAUCAUACGGCGAAGCUAUGUGGGAGUGGAGCUGGUGCAGUGGUUAUGUGAGCAGUGUGUGUACGUGCGCUGUCGGACUACUGCUGUGCGUGUCUGGCAGGUGCUUCUGGAGCUGGGAGUCCUGCUGUCUGUGGAUCAGCGGGUGGUGUUUUCUGACUCCAACUCCUAUUACCAGUUCAGUUUUGAGGAGUGUGACUCCCUGUCCUGCGAGUUUCGCUCCAAUGAGGGGGAGUGGCCAGAAGCAGUUAAGCUCCUCCUACAACUUGCUCCAUACGUCCAGUUUCGCUCUGGUGGUGGGGCCAAUAGCCCGUCAGAGGAAGACUCUGAAGGUAACAGGGACAUCUGUAGUGAGAUUCUUCGGAUGAAAGCUCUGGAGAGGCUAACUUCUACGGUCCAGAGUGAGUUGGCAGCUGCUCUUGCCCGAAAAACUCGCAAAGCUUUGUCAGAGCAGGACUCUGAGACAACAGAGACGAGCCACCAAGAGUCUGGCACGCCCAGUGAGGAGAGCAGCCCGCUGGGCGGGGUGUGUGCGUUGAGAGACGGCGGCGGCAGCAGCGGGGGAGGUAUGGGGACCGUAUGCGGCCGUGAGGAGCUCACCAGCCGGCUAGGGCUGGAGGCCGUCCAACGGCUGGCCAAAGACGGCUGUCGGCUGCUGCAAAACCACAACUACCGUCUACCUGACAGGAACCAAGCGGAGGCGGUGGGGAGGGUUUGUCUGAAGGAGAGGGGACGAGACGUAUUGGUGUUGCAGAGGGUAGUGUCAUCAGUGACGUCUCCGUCAGACCGGCCCUCGCCUACAUCGUCAGGGGGCGGGUCCAGAGAGGACGACUGCAAUAAGAGGUACGUGGUGGUGUCGGGAACGCCGCUCAAGAUCUUGGAGCAUCUCCUCAGUGACCUGCGACUGGAUGAGCAAAGAGGGGCGCCGGAGAACAGGGAGAGCGAAAUGCUGCUGGAUGACUUCCUGUUGACCUACCUUGUGUUCAUGUCCACUAAUGACCUCUGUCAGGCGCUGCUGGGACACUAUAGCAGUGCACGCUGCCGGGGCCAAGAGGAAGGCAAAGAUAUGCUCUUCAGGAAGCGCAAGGUACUGCGGCUCGUCUCCCACUGGAGCAGGCUUUAUAAGGACUUCCUCAAGGAAGAGGAGCACGUCAGGAGCUUCAUGAAGACACUGUACAGAUGUGUUUUAGAGGAUCUGUACGAGUUCCCCACGCUGGAAAAAGACCUGAAGGAGUUUCAGAAACUUCUGCGUCGCAGACACACGGUGGAUGACUGCCCUCCAAAUCAAAAGAGUAAACAAACGUAUCAGCAGUUGAGUUUGAAGGAAAACAGUUUGCAUCUCCGCAAUUCACAGCCAGACACGAGGGAAGUGAUCGUUUGCGUGUACGUGAGUGCUGACUCCUACCUAAGUGUCCACACACAUCCUGCUCUGGAGGCCCAGGAGCUGCUGCGUAUCCUGAGCCUGAAGCUGGACAGAACCGAGGAGGACAUGGUGCUCGCCGUGGUGUCGCACACUGGAGAGCGAAGAGUGUUGCAGCCCAGUGACUGUGUCUAUUCAGAGUCUCUGACCCCACAGGGAAAGCUAGUGGCCUGCCACAGGGACCUCACUGAGAUCUUGCCUCCAUUAACAGACUGUGCGGAGUUAAGCAGGAGGCCGGUUCGCCUUUUGGGCAUCAACACCUGGGAUGUGGCAGCAGCACUCACACACCUGGACUGGAGUCUUUUCAAAUCCAUCCAUGAGCAGGAGCUGGUGUACUACACCCUGAGCCGCGCUCCCGGCGCAGGUUACACAGCGGCGCUCUCAGUUCUCCUCCAGCGAUGUAACGAGGUCCAGCAGUGGGUCAUGUCAGAGGUUCUGAUGUGUGUGUCGCUCAAUAAGAGAGUGCAGCUGCUCAAGAAGUUCAUCAAGAUUGCAGCUCACUGUAAAUCCCAAAGAAAUCUACACUCUGCAUUUGCCAUCAUCAUGGGUCUGAACACAGCUGCUGUCAGCCGGCUCAACCAAACGUGGGAGAAAUGUCCAGGGAAGUUCAAGAAGUUGUUUUCCGAGUUGGAGCUCAUCACGGAUCCAUCCAUGAACCAUAAAGCUUAUAGAGAGGCCUUCAAGAGGAUGAAACCUCCUAAGAUCCCUUUUAUGCCUCUUCUCUUAAAAGACAUCACUUUUAUCCACGAGGGAAACAAGACCUUUCACGACAACUUGGUCAACUUUGAGAAGCUGCAUAUGAUAGCAGACACGGUGAGAAUGAUACGCCAUUGCCAAAGUGACCAACAAGGCAACGAGGUGAUUGGGGUGGACAGUGCGGAGGUGAGGGCGAGCGUUCACUGCCUGCACAUCAUCGACAAUCAGCGGACGCUUUUCGAACUGUCGCACAGACUGGAGCCCCGAGCUUAAAGACACGAACGUGUCGCUCGCACAAACGGGGGAACAGGGAACGCCAGGCGGUGGAACCCGGGGACACUUUGUACAGCAGAAAUGUCACACUCAUAC